AUGGACCAGAGACCAAAAAGAGACAAACAAGAUGAUUUACAAUUCAAUAUCCGACUAUUCAACCUUGACAACACACAACAAGUAGCAGAGAUAAAGGGUCAUAAUGAUCCAUCAUACUCUAUUUCUUUCUCACCAGAUAAUAAAUCACUAUUCAACCUUGACAAUACACAUGCCUCAUCCUCUAUUUCUUUCUCACCAGAUAAUAAAUCAAUUGCAAUUGGUGGCAGUGAUGGAUAUGUCAUCAUAAAUGAAAUUAAAAAAUCAUAA